UUUUUUAAUUUCAGAUAUACAUCAACAUCGAAUAGCACAAGAUUUAACCGCACACACCUCAAAACCACUUGAACUUCCCGAAUCCAUGAGCAUGCUAGCAGAAGACUCAGAAAUCACUUUUCAACCAACGCCAGUAUCUUCAGUAGAACCCCUCUCCCCUGUGAAUUCCACCAAAACCGAAGAAAAUCGCACUAGUACAAAUUUAACGGAAGAACCCAAGGGUAGAGCUUUGAAUUUUACGAUGGGAAAAAUCGAUAAUAGCAAUGGUUUGAUGAACUCGUCAAUGCACGACUCGGAUCUAAGCGAUGUUACCAUAAACGAUAAUGAUGAUGAUUUUGAUAUGGAAAUGGUUCAACCAAAGAUAUUGGCUGCUAAGACUGAACCUUCAAAAAAUGUUUCACACGUUGGUGUCUGUCAACAAGGUGGUUUAACGUACGAAAACGGUGAUAAAAUAGAAAACGGUUGUGACUCCAUUUGCACCUGUACAAACGGUACCAUGAAUUGUACCGAUCGAUGUGCCACACCCUUAAUAAGAAAAGGAAAGAAAAUCGAUGAUCCUCUCUGCUUUGCUCAAUCCACUGACGAUAUGUGUUGCUCCGUUCUAGUGUGCGCUGGAGAUACAGAGACAGAACCUGUCGAAUAUUGUUCCUAUAAUAAUAAAACGUUCAAUAGAGGGGAUAUUCAUAAAGAAGGCUGUAGUGAAAUAUGUACCUGUGAAGCAGGUGGAAAAAUGUCGUGUAAACCAAGGUGUCCUCCAGUCAGCAAACCACACGACAGAUGCGUAGAAGUACCAAACACGGCGGACGCUUGCUGUAAAAAGGUCCUUUGCGACGUUACCCUAGAAGACAACGAAUCAGACAAAGAAGACGAAAAAGUUCGAAGGAUACUAUCAGCGAAAUAUGUUAAUUCAACGACCAUCUUGCUGAAAUUGGAUCCAAAAAUCGAAACGACAGAUAGCUCCUCCGUAGUAGUUGAAAUUAGUGACGAUAAAGUUAAUUGGCAAAAAUUUAAAAUCUCACCAGGUGGUUAUGUUCUAGUAAAAAGUAUUGCUAAAUAUUUAAAAUUCGAAAAUUCCGAUGACAUUAUCAACGUUCAGAAUUUCGAAGGAAAUCCCAAAGAUAUAGUAAAAAAUAAGACAGACUUAUCUGGUUGCCAAUACAAAGAUAAAUUCUUCAAUAUUGGCGAGGAGUACAAUGAUGAUUGCACCUCUUUAUGUAUAUGUCAAGAAGGCGGUAUGAAGUGUCUGAAACUUCAAUGUCCUACGUACUUCGGAGUCGAUAUCCUGGAUCCAAAUUGCAUAGAAUGGGAAACGAUCCCACCAAAUUUCGUACCAUCUCCUCCAAAUUGUUGCCCUACUAGUAUCAAAUGCAAAAAUAACGGUUCUUGCGAUUUUGAAGGAGCUGUUUAUAAAAACUGGGAACAGUUACCUGUAAAUGUUAGUGGUUGUGAGAAGAGGUGCUACUGUGAGAUGGGUAAGAUAGAAUGUCAAAAUGCUUGUCCGCCUGUCACAGCGCACCCACCACCCAAUUUGGGAUGUCCACCCAGCAUGGCUAGGAUCGACCAUAUACCUGAAGACGAUUGCUGCAAAUAUUGGGUUUGCAACACAAAUGAACAUGAUCAAGUGACCGACAACAACGUAGCAGAAAAAGACACACAAUAUAAAAACAUGACAAAACCGUCAUAUCCAGGGCCAUUUGCAACCAAAACGCCUUCCAAAACCAUGGGACCACUUGCUGUUUACGAAAACGAAUCACCAGACAAAACAGAAGAUUUAGGAUUAAAUGACAAACACAAAGUAUCCUCCCAAGAGAACCCAUUUUAUCAUAAAAAUAAUAACACUAAAAACAACAAUAUCAGUCACGUCAAACCUGAUAAAUCAAAAAACAAAAAGCCCGCUUUGUUUGUAACUCCACCUUCUAAUUCAGUAUCUAGUACAACGACGCCCCUACCAGGUCAUGUUCAUUCGGAAAUUGAGAUACACGGUAAUGGAAAUGCAGAAGAGCUAUUACAAUUUAUAAAUCAACAUCCGGAACUCAGUAAUUAUCCUUCAGGGUCUGUAUUAGAAAUUCACAAUUAUCCCACUUCUUCCAAACAAGCACCUAACUCCAUAUCGAAUUCAGACAAAUCCAAUAUUCAUUUGGUACCUUACGUGGUGCCCCAAAACGCCGAUGGCGAAAAUGAUCCUGGUAACUUACCUCCCGGGUUCUCACUGGAACAUCUUUUGAAUGAGUUCCAUAAAAACACCCUGCCCAAUGGACCCACUAAUCAUCAAAAUUUCAAUAGGCCCUUCCCGGGACAGCACAAUAUACCAUUGCCACCUAGAUCCAAUUUAACAUACCCAGGAAUUGGUGGUGGAUUCCAAGGACCCUUCCCAGGUUAUCAACAACCAGAAGAUGACAUUUUAGUCCACACACUUGAAGCUAUCGAUCCUCAUACAGUCCGGCUGGCUUUCAUGGUACCACCUGUCAUUGUCAACCUACACGGAAGGGUGGAAGUUAGAUAUACCAAUCAAAAAGAGGACGACGAUUUAGACUCCUGGAUGCUACAAGUCUUCGCACCGCCUAAUGAUCUGAUAGCAACACCGUCCUUAGAAUUCGACCUACAAGAUUUACAACCCAAUACAGAAUACAAAAUCAAAAUAACAAUAACCUUAAGAGAUAUCCACACAACGCACAGCAGCAGAAUAUACAAAAUAAAAACACCUAGAGAGAUAAUAACAACAACGCUACCACCAAUGAUACCAAUCGAACCAGACUUAGCCAUCACAGACAUCAAUUCGACGUGGGUGACUGUAGUGUGGAAGAAAUUCGAUGAAAACGAACUGAGAUUCAUAGAUGGCGUGCAACUCAGGUAUAGAGAAAUCGAUGGAAAGAUCUACGCUGCUACUCCCUUAAUUCAUCGAGCUGUAACUAGCUAUACUCUGGAGAAACUCAAACCUAACACCAAGUACGAAAUUGGAAUCUUCUUUAUACCGUUCCCAGGUCAGCUUACAGAACUACACGCUGAACACAUGCUUCAUUUCACAACCGCCAACGAAUUGGACACAUACGGCUUCAAUGUAUCCCUGGAAAUAUCCCAAAUAAAAUCCCAGAACGUCGAAAUCACUUGGAACGGCGUUCCAUAUCCCGAGGAUAAAUACGUGAAUAUCUACAGAGCGAUUUACCAGAGCGAUUCCGGUAAAGAGGACCAAAGUUUGUUCAAAAUAGCUAAGAGGGAUUCUCCGACGAAAACUAUUAUUGUGGAUUUGAAGCCUGGAACUAGGUACAGGCUGUGGUUGGAGGUAUAUCUCACCAACGGGAAGAUUAAGACUAGUAAUGUUCAAGAUUUUAUCACGAAACCCAGGACUGUCCCGGUGCUUGGGGCGUCAACGCAGCAAGAUAAACUUUCCAGAGCAGAACAUCUGGAAUCGAAGGGAGACUAUUACGGUCCUCUAGUCAUUGUAGCCAUACUGGCCUCGAUAGCUGUGAUGAGUACUUUGGUGCUAUUACUCAUUUUAAUACGACGGCACAAUCAAAAUAAGGCUGCCAUCACACCACCUUCUAGAGUUAGUCAAUCUGCCUACGACAAUCCCACGUACAAAGUAGAGAUUCAACAAGAAACUAUGGGU